GUCGCUUAUUUGAAUUUGGUUGUUGUAUGCGGAGCGCCACCUGGAUGUCUUUUCCGAUUUGUCAAAAUGGGUAUCGACAUCAAUCAUAAACAUGACCGAAAGGUGCGUCGAACAGAACCAAGAUCACAGGAUGUUUAUUUGCGACUUCUUGUCAAGCUUUACCGCUUCUUGGCAAGAAGAACGAACGCCAAGUUCAAUAAAAUCGUUCUCAAGAGACUGUUUAUGAGUAAAAUUCAUAGGCCACCGAUUUCUCUAGCACGAGUUGUACGAUUGAUGAAAAAGCCAGGUCGUGAAAACUGCAUUGCAGUUAUCGUUGGCACAGUGACGGAUGAUGCUAGAAUUUUUGAUGUUCCAAAACUUACGGUGUGUGCCCUGCGAGUGACAGAAAAGGCACGAGGCAGAAUUUUGAAAGCAGGAGGUGAAAUUAUCACUUUCGAUCAACUUGCUCUGCGCUCUCCUACUGGCCGUAAAACUGUUAUGCUUCAAGGAAGACGUAAUGCUCGUGAAGCCGUCAAACACUUUGGAUUAGCUCCUGGUGUACCACACUCACACACCAAACCCCUUGUCAGAUCUAAGGGACGCAAGUUUGAAAGAGCCAGAGGCCGCAGGCGUAGCUGUGGCUACAAGAAGUAAUUUAAUCCAUCGCCGAAAUUUAUUGUACAACAAACCUCUUACAAGGCAAUUUUUGUCUUUAUGUUCUCUUUGUAUAAGGUUAGUGGAAAAUAAAUAUUGGCACAAUGUGUUACAAUUUCUUUCAAAAA